AGGUCUGGGGUUCAGCAUCGCCGGCGGGAGGGGCAACCAACACAUUCCAGGGGACAACGGCAUCUUCGUCACCAAGAUCAUCGAGGGCGGGGCCUCGGAGCAGGACGGGCGGCUGGCAGUCAUGGACCGGCUCAUCGCUGUGAACGACCACGGGUCUACUGGUGAGCCGCCGUCUGCUACAAGGCCAAUGUCCACCUUCCGACCGCCCACCCCGCCCCCACCAAAGGCCAGCGUUUCAGACGAGGAACCACCCAGGGAUCCAAGAAAAAUAAUUUUAAAGAAAGGGUCAACUGGGCUCGGAUUUAACAUUGUCGGAGGAGAAGAUGGAGAAGGAAUUUUUGUUUCCUUUAUUCUCGCUGGAGGGCCUGCAGACCUCUCCGGUGAACUGCGACGUGGGGACCAGAUCAUUUCUGUGAACGCCACAGAUCUGAGACUGGCCACCCACGAGGAGGCGGCGCAGGCCCUCAAGCGAGCCGGGGACACUGUGGACAUUGUGGCCCAGUACAGGCCUGAAGACUACAACCGCUUCGAGGCCAAGAUCCAGGACUUGAGGGAGCAAAUGAUGAACACCAGCACGGGCAGCCUACGCACAACACAGAAGAAAACUCUCUAUGUCAGAGCUCUGUUUGACUACGACCCGAGCAAAGACUCUGGCCUGCCCAGCAAAGGCCUCCAGUUCCACUACGGUGACAUCCUGCAUGUGACCAACGCCAGCGACGACGAGUGGUGGCAGGCCAAGCGGAUCACGGCGGAGGGCGAGGAGGAGGGCAUGGGCAUCAUACCCAGCAAACAGAGAGUUGAAAGAAAAGAAAGAGCGAGAUUGAAAAAUGUCAAAUUUACAGGCAAGAACAGUGCAAACACAGAGAAGACCCCUGCCUCGUCUGCUGCAGCCAAUGACAGGAAAAAGAAAAAUUUCUCCUUCUCGAGAAGAUUCCCGUUCAUGAAGAGCAAAGACCAGAGUGGGAGCGAAGACGUCAGUGCCGAUGAACAAGGGAACCAACACAGUGAUAGCGAAGCCAGCUAUAGAGGAGAUGAACCAAUCUUGUCGUACGAGACCGUGGUGCAGCAGGAGUUGAAGUACACGAGGCCAGUCAUCAUCCUGGGCCCGCAGAAAGACAGAAUCAACGAUGACCUCAUUUCAGAAUUCCCGGAUAAAUUUGGCAGCUGUGUUCCCCACACGACCCGUGAGCGACGCGACCACGAGGUGGAUGCCCGGGACUACCACUUCGUCAUGUCCAGGGAGCAGAUGGAGCGGGACAUCCAGAACCAUCUGUUCAUCGAGGCGGGCGUCUACAACGACAACCUGUACGGCACUAGUGUCGCCUCCGUCAAAGAAGUCGCAGAGCAGGGGAAACAUUGUAUUUUGGACGUGAGUGGGAACGCCAUCAAACGUCUACAGGUGGCCGGACUCUACCCCAUUGCUGUGUUUAUCAAACCCAAGUCUGCAGAGUCCAUCAUGGAAAUGAACAAAAGAAUAACAGAAGAACAAGCACGGAAAACGUUUGAGCGGGCCCUCAAGCUGGAGGCGGAGUUUGGCGAGUACUUCACAGCCGUGGUGCAGGGAGACACGGCCGACGAGAUCUAUGCUAAAAUCAAGGAGGUGAUCAGCGACCAGUCGGGGCCCUACAUCUGGGUGCCAGCCAAGGACAAGCUAUGAGAGAGAGAGAGUUGCUGCCCUUACCGUCGUCAUCGCC